UUAAAGAUGGCGGCGCCCUGCGUGUUCCCCGUGGGGGUGCGAGUUUAUCGGAUUAUUAAAGGGAUUUCGUGCGUGAUUAGGAACCCUUGUAAACACAGCUGGUUUGGGGUCUGUCGGUACCGGACUACCGGGUCCAGACAGUUCGUAAUAGAGGCAGGGAAGGAGCAGGAAGAAGAGAACCGAGUGGCGGAGAUGAGACGAGGCCGUAAGGAACUUCUGAAGGAGUUUCCUCAUCCCAAGAGUCUGCUGCACAAUUUGCUGUCCCGGGCUCUGGGAAUAUCAGACCUCUCACAGCACAUCCUGUACAGCUGCACUGAGGGACAUGUCAAGAGAGCCACGGUGACGGUGCUGUGGCCGCGCAGGGUGGAGGCAGAGGGAUUUGGCUCCCGGAAGAUUGACGCUGAGCGGCGAGCUGCUGCAGCUGCCUGCAUGAUCCUGAAGAACAUGGGGGUUUUGGGCCCAGGUAACGAACUGCCACGAAGACGAGCACUGCGUAUGGUGAACCCCAGACCCCCUUCUCUGUCCACCGAUGAGGAGGAUGGGGAAGGGGAGGAGGCAGCGUUGGAUGUCACUGACUUCAUGGUUGACUCCAGCCAAGAGGUGCCAAGCCCUCCAGCACCUCCCAGGUUGGCCCAGGAGGACCCAGGGGUGGUGCGAGCUCUCUCCCUGUUCCCAAAACCCAAGGCCCUGCUGGCCAAGGUCAUCCAGGUUGCCACCUCCUCCUCUAACGUCAGAGAGCUGGUGCAAUAUUGCACGCUGGGGGGCAAGUUAAAGACCUGCCAGCUGACUCUUAAGUGGCCUGAACCCAUGAACUUCGUGGCCACUGCGCGGCACAAGAUGGAGGCAGAGAACCGAGCAGCUGCCCUGGCCUGCCUGAGACUGAAGGAGAGGGGUCUGAUUGACAGGAACAAUCAUCCCCUGACCCACGCCAUGUACCACCUGGACCAAAUCCGCCAGAUGGGUGAGAGAGAGAGACGCCCCUGCACACUGGACAUCCCACUGCACCUGCAGGACAGGCUGAGGGACUACUUCUCUAUGUACCCUGUGGAUAAGGAGGAGCAGAGGCUGUGUGAGUUAAAUGAGGAGGAAGAGAGGGAUGAAGUGGAGAGGGAGCAGGGGAUGUUGAUGGACGCAAUCACAGGGCAACCCUACACCCCCCUGCCUCCUGACGAGGCAGAGCGUUGGAGCGAGGCCCUGCGACAGCUGUGGGCUGCACCGGGUCCUUGGAGAGGCCAGGAGCUGCCCGUGGAUGCUCACCGCGACCGUCUGGUGUCGGUGGUCGAAGGGGGGCGCGUCACUGUGAUUGCUGGGGAGACUGGCUGUGGCAAGACCACGCGCAUCCCCUGCUUCCUGCUGGAGAACCGCAUACAUGCUGGCCAGGGGGCACACUGCAAUAUCCUGGUCACUCAGCCACGCAGGAUCAGUGCUGUUUCUGUGGCGCAGACUGUGGCACAGGCGCUGGGGCCAGCCCUGAGGCACUGUGUUGGAUACCAGGUGCGGCUGGAGAGCCGCCCCCCUUCUCGCAGCGGGGGGGCACUGCUGUUCCUGACGGUGGGGGUGCUGCUGCGGAAGCUGCAGGGGAACGGGGGGCUGCAGGGAGUCAGCCACGUGAUCGUGGACGAGGUGCACGAGCGUGACGUCAACACCGACCUGCUGCUGGUGCUGCUGCGGAGCGCCCUGCGGGAGAACCCCAAGCUGCGCGUGGUGCUCAUGAGCGCCACAGGUGACACCGAGCGCCUGGCACAGUACUUCGGUGGCUGUGAGGUCGUCCACGUGCCCGGGUUCAUGCACCCAGUCCAGGAGAGGUUCCUGGAGGAGGUCCUUCGGGAGAUGGGGCGCCCUCCCCCCUCUCCUGACACAAUGAGAGAGGACCCAACUCCAGACCUUGACCUUGUGGCUGAUGUCAUAGAGCACAUUGACCAGCACGGAGAGCCAGGCGCAGUGCUGUGUUUCCUCCCUGGGUGGCAGGACAUCCGAGGGGUGCAGCAGAGGCUGGAAGAGAAACCAACCUUCCAAGGGGGAAGACAGAUCAUCCUGCCUGUGCACUCCAACCUCCCAGUGAUGGACCAGCGGGCCAUAUUCCAGCGGCCACCAGCUGGGCAGCGCAAGAUUGUUCUGGCAACCAACAUUGCUGAGACGUCCAUCACCGUCGAUGAUAUUGUCCAUGUGGUUGACACUGGCUUCCAUAAGGAGCAACGCUAUGACCUGCGCACCAAAGUCUCCUGUCUAGACACAGUGUGGGUCUCUCGCUCCAACGUCAUACAGCGACGUGGGAGGGCAGGGCGAUGCCAACCGGGCCACGCCUACCACUUGUUCCCAAGGCAGUACUUUGACACAAUGGAGCACUUCCCUGUCCCAGAGAUCCUGCGCACUCCUUUGGAGAACCUCGUGGUACAGUCCAAGAUACACAGCCCACACAGCAGGGCAGUGGAGUUCCUGUCCCAGGCUCUGGACAGCCCUGGCAGGGCAGCUGUGGAGGAGGCUGUUGAAAACCUGCGAGAGAUUGGAGUGUUGGACGGUUCAGAGUGUCUGACACCUCUGGGUCAGCGCCUGGCCCAUAUCUCUUCUGACCCACGGCUGGGCAAGGCCCUGGUCUUGGGGUCACUGUUCCGGUGCCUUUUGCCCCUACUGUCUAUCACCGCCUGCCUCACUCGGGACCCCUUCACUAGCAGCCUGGUGCACAGGGCACAAGUUACACAGGCAAAGGCAGUCCUCAGUGGGUCCAGCUGCAGUGACCACCUGGGAUUCAGCCGCGCAGUACAAGGAUGGAGAGCAGCACUGCAGGAGAGGAGCCCUGUGGCCAGACGGCAGUACCUGGAAGAAUAUUCACUGUCCCAAAACAGCCUGAGGUUUAUUCAGGGGUUGAUUCAGCAGUUCAGUGAGAAUCUGUAUGAUGCCUUUAUGGUGUCACACCCCUCAGAAUGUGUUCAGCUUUCCUCCCAGUAUAACCAGUACAGCAAGGAGGAUGAGCUGGUCAAGGCCGUGCUGCUGGCUGGGCUCUACCCCAAUCUUAUACAGGUGCGGAAAGGCAAGGUGACGAAGCAGGGCAAGUUCAGACCCAACAGCCUGGUCCUGCGGUCACGCAGUGGCCCUGUGCUGCUGCACCGCUCCUCAGUCAACAGGAAUGCGGAGGACUUCCCCACCCGCUGGCUCACCUUCUUCACAGCUGUCAAAUCCAAUGGCAAUGUCUUCAUCAGAGACUCUUCCACAGUGCACCCCCUUUCCCUGCUGCUGCUGGCUGACGGGCACAUAACUGAGCGAGUGGCGGAGGACAGUGUGGAAGUGUCUCUGGCAGGCUCAUCUCUGGUCCGCUGUGAAGUGUCGCUGCAGAGCUGGGAGCUUCUGCAUGGCCUGCGCUUAUCCCUGCAUGCCAUGGUGCAGCACUGCCUGCAGGGGGAGCCCUGCUCACUGCCUCCCAACAUAAAGAUGCAAUAUACUGAGCUCAUAGCACUGCUGGUGGAACUGCUGAACAAUACUGCACUGAACACUGAUGCGCAGACUGACCGGUGAAUAGUGACACACUGACUACAUUAUACAUUCAGUGUAAAACACAGUUUUUACAGAUGGUGUAUAGGUGGUUUGGGGAAAUAGCAGGAGGUCUCACCCUCUCCAAGCAUUAUACUUCGCAUUUCAGUUUUUUAGUUAAGAAUAAAAUGGAUGGAAAGAAAAGGUGAGACCAAGUGAGAGAAACAGUGCCCAUUGUGAGCUGGCCUCUCUGUCUGUUGUAUUCUGUAUCAGAAUGAUUUGAAGACAUUAGAAAUAAACAUUUAUUUGAGUAACUGCCUAAUAUUGUUGAAGUAUUAGUAACAAAAAGAUCAUUUGGGUGGACAGAAGGACUUCAGUGGUCUUAGGACAUCUCUGGAGAAAAUUCCACUCCCCAUGGCAGUUACUGUGAACAAAUGUGCACAUUAUGCAAAUUACAAUUAAAGUGUGGAAAAGAAAUAUUUUUUUCAUUCUAGCAUGGA